CCAGAGAGGCGUGAUUGCUCCACUAGGUGUAUUAUUGGUGAGCAUAAUAAACCAGCUACGGUACAGGCGAUUGCCUCGAUAUCUACCUCCAUGUCGUUCAUUCCUCGCCCUGGUUAUAGGAAUCUCUACACCCACUGUACACAUUCGACGCUUCCGCGAUACCAAGUGCCACCCAAAUGAAGUUGUUGCCCUUCGCGGUGGGGGCAUUGGCCCUGCCGAAUGUCCUUGCGCAGAAGCCAAAUGUGCCUCUGAGCUCCUCGGGACGAUGGAUCGUGGACACGGACGGCGCUCGCGUCAAGCUUCGUUGCAUCAAUUGGCCGGGCCACAUGGAGCCGAACAUUCCCGAAGGUCUGAGCAAGCAGAGCGUCGACUACAUCGCCGACUGGAUUGCUGGCGCGGGGUUCAAUUGUGUGCGCCUGACAUUCUCAAUUGACAUGGCUCUCAACCCAGAUGUAGACGUUGAGGAAUCGUUUCGGAUAGGCGCAAGCUCAGGCGGCGUUGACGAGGCAGCUUUGAUGAAACAGUACAAGAUGGCUGUCGAGAAGAAUUCAUUCCUCGCCAAGGCGUCGCGCAUGGAUGUGUUUGGCGUCGUGGAGGAUGCGCUCUGGGAGAGGGGGCUCAUGACUUUUCUGGACAACCACGUGAGCAAGGCAAAGUGGUGCUGCAAUCUUGAGGACGGCAAUGGCUGGUGGAAGGAUGCUCCUGGUUAUGUCCCGGCGAACAGCGAGUUUUUUGAGACGCAGCCAUGGUUUGAUGGUCUCGAAGCGAUGGCAAAGUGGUCGGUGGGUCGUCCGGGUGUCGUGGGCAUGUCUCUUAGGAACGAACUUCGCGCCCAGGUCAUCCAGAUCCCCUGGGGCGGCGAAGAGUGGUUUGAAAAGAUGCCGGCUGCGGCUCGCCUGGUCCACGCUGCGAAUCCUGACUUGCUGAUCUCCAUCGGUGGUCUUGACGGAGGCAACAACCUCGGCGCCCUGCGCGAGCAGAAGAUGCCGACCGAGGACUGGGAGGGCAAGAAUGUAUGGGACGCUCAUGCGUACAGCUUCACUGUCAACACGCCCAACUUUGGAAACUGCGGCAUCGAAAAGGCGCAGUACGGCUUUCUGUUCGGGUUUGUGCUCGCUGAUAGUACUGAGCAGCAGGGUCCUCUGUGGCUUUCAGAGUUCGGCGUAGGCAUGACUGGUGGACCAAAUGACGGCUUGUCCGACGAAGACCAUGCAUAUCUCGAGUGUUUGGUGGAGUAUCUUGAGAACAAUGACGCGGAUUGGGCUCUCUGGAGUAUUGCGGGCUCAUAUUAUGUUCGAGAGGGCAUCAUCGACCGUGAGGACUUUUUUGCUGCCGUUGACAGGAAUUGGGUGGAUUGGCGCAAUGAUAAGUUCAAAGGCAUGUUAGGUCGGAUGUGGAACGUAACACAAGGCCCAUAGUCGACCUUAAUUCGGAACGAUUUUGGAUUG